AUGACCGGACUUACAGAAACUUUAGAUUCGGUAUCUCAGGUGAACUCGAUGGAAGAUAUCUCGAUAUCAUCUAUUCAGCCGAUAACUUCAAAUAGAAGCGCGGAGAGUUUGAUUCCAAACAACCCAUCACCAGAAAAUGAAUCUUCUACACAUGAGGAUCCAAUUUUAAAUAAAUACAAGGAAGCGUGUCAACAUGGUGACCUUGCAGUGGUAAAGGAAAUGAUCGAAACAGGCUUGAUUGAUGUGAGGCAUGAUUAUACUGAAAAGGAAAGAAUAUCGGGACUUCAUUGGGCGAGUAUCAAUAAUAGACUUUCGGUGGUCAAAUACUUAGUGGCCAAAGGUGCAGAUGUAAAUUUUCCCGGCGGUGGUUUGAACGCAACUCCACUUCACUGGGCGGCUCGAUAUGGCUACGUCUACAUUGUUGAUUUCCUAUUGGAGAAUAAGGCAGAUCCAACUUUGACCGACGAUCAAGGUUUCAAUUUAUUACACCUCUCUAUCAAUUCAUCGAAUAUAAUGUUGGUGCUGUAUGUUCUUUUUUUUGUGGUUGGUGAGAAAGUCAACAUUGAUUGCACAGAUCCAAAUGGCAGAACAGCAUUACUUUGGGCCGCUUAUCAAGGAGAUUCUUUGUCCGUAGCUGCACUCCUGUAUUUCAAGGCGAAUUACAAGAUUGUAGAUAAUAAGGGAUUUUCUCCUCUCCAUUGGGGUACUGUCAAGGGCCAACCUCAAGUUUUGAAAGAACUUAUUGCCAACGGAGCAGAUUUUUUCCAAAAAACUUCAGAUAAUAAGGACUGCUUUGUAAUUUCGCAAGAGAUGAAUACCGUCGAAAGUUUGAAUAAUGCUCUAUAUGAAUGUGGUUUCAACAAAGAAGGAUAUCCUAUCACAAGAUUAUUUAAACGCCCUACGCUUGCAAAAAUCGUGACAUUUAUUAUGCCCUGGCUUGCUAUGGGCAUUCUUUUCAAGUCGAUUGCAAUCAUGCAUCCGAUAUUCUCGAUCUGUUUUUCAAUUUUAUUUGGUUUUGGUAUAUACCAAUUUCUUGCGAAACUAGUAAUUCCUUCCUACUAUCUGAAAAAAGACAGAAACCUUUUAUUGAAAACACCUUUCUUUGCGGGGAUCCUAUCGGCAACUCUUUUCUGGACGUCUUUUAUUUGGAUUAUUAAAAUGAUAUCUCUUACGAUAAGCGAAGAACCUAAAACCAACGCAUUAUUUAUGUUCUUCUUUGUUAUGACAACGACACUAUUCAUGAAAUUAGUUUCAUCAGAUCCUGGUUCGAUCCCUAAAGACAGUGAUCAUGAUAAAAUUAAAAGCAUUAUCAAGCAACUGCUCGAGAUUGGUAAAUUCGAUGCCAAACAUUUUUGCAUACACUCAUUUGUGAGAAAACCUCUGAGGUCUAAAUAUUCCUCCUUCAGCAAGGCUCUGAUUGCGAGGUUUGACCACUUUUGCCCUUGGAUAUACAAUGACGUGGGACUAAAAAAUCACAAGAAUUUCCUGUUCUUCAUUCUCUGUCUAGAAAUGGGUGUACUUACGUAUGCCAAACUCAGUUUGGAAUAUUUUGAUGCCCUGGAGGACAAGUAUGAUAAAGAUCUAGAGUGCUGGCUUUUAAGUGAAGAUUUGUGUUCAGGAUAUCAUUACGAUAGAUUUGCUUUCAUUCUUUUGGGAUGGACGUGUUUCCAAGGCAUAUGGGUGUUUUCCCUAAUAGUUGUACAAUUUUUCCAAAUGUUAAAAGGCCUUACUAACUAUGAGCUAAGUGACUUAUCAAAGCAAGCACAUAGCCACAACAUUAUCAAUGAAUAUUUUACUACCACGCCAACUGAGCUGAUGGACGAACAAGAACUUAGAGAUAUGAAUGAACCUGCGCUCGAACAGCAAAGUCCAUUGCAUCAAAAAUCUAGAACUUGUUUCGGCAUGUGUUGUGCCCUUAUCGGUUUCGAUCAAAUGGUCCUACUUGUUAAAGAAACAUUGGGACUUGUACAAAGAUCCGAGAGGCGUCCCGUUUCAAGGCUAAAAUUGCUGUCAGACUAUGGAUGGAAAACCAAUUUGAAAGACUUUUGGUUAACCAGCGACACAACAGCACCGUUGUGGCAAAGACUGUUCUUCUCUCCCACAAAUUUCAAAGCUUUGCUAAAUGGUACUCAAGUAAAUUAUGCUGAGCUCUACAACCUUCCAGAGCAUUACAUCAGGCCCGAAGAGAUCGUAUAA